AUGAGGAAUUUUCUUAUGAAUGGAAUUUGCAAGGUUUUAGGAGUGAAGAGAAGUAGGAACAAUGACGUGGAAAAUAAUUCUUCCAAAGUGAUUGAAGAAAACGAAAUGCAAACUACAGAUCAACCCACUGUUGAAGAAGUUGAAGCACAUGGUAAGCUUUUAUCAAAGAAAACAUACAAAUCAAUAAAAAAUAAUAAUUCUGAGUCAGCAUGGGAAGAGAUAAAGAAAGAAGAUGAAAUUUUUGAGCAGAAGAGCCCUAAGGGAAACACGGUGCUGCACAUAGCAGCUCUCUAUAAAAAUGAUAACCUUGUGAGAAGGGUAGUUAUGAUUCGUCCAGACCUUUUGGAUGAAAGGAACGAUGAUGGUGAUACACCACUGCAUCUUGCUGCAAGAGCUGGCCAUGUCUCUACUCUUGCUAUAUUGUUUCCUGCACUUCUCCUUAAAUUUAGAUGUCACUCAUCUUCUAAACUGGCUUUGGAUGAAAUCCUAGUAAGAAAUCUGCAAGGAAAUACUUUCUUUCAUGAGGCCUUACUAAAUGGUCACAAAGAUGUAAUGAACAUAUUGGCUUCUCCACAAGAACGAGAGAUUGAAGGUGGCUUCAUGGAAUUGGUUGAGGAAACUGUGUAUGGUUGGACAGAAGGGCAACACAAAUCAGUUUUGUGCACGGUAAUUGAGAAAGGGUUCAAGGACAUUCUUGAUCGAGCCUUGAACAAAAUUAUUCCGAACAGAGAGAAGGUGUUGAGGACCCUCAAUCCGAGAAUUGAUAUGAUUUCAAUUGUUACCGAGGAGGCAAAGGAUCUCAAUUUGUUGAAGUUGGAUGAAUUACAAGAGUCAUUAAAGGCUCACGAAGAGAGGUCGAGGAAGAGGAAGAGGUAG